AUUGUCUCGAGACACUUGGGGAAGCGUUCUUCCCGCGCCAAUCAACGUUACAGCCGUAUGAACUCGCGUGUGUUGGAUGUGCACCAAAAAGUAUGAUAUACUGUAGAGUAUAUUGGUUACUGUAAUAUAUGUACAUAUAGAUAUAGAGACCAACUUGUGUGUUUAGACACUAUACGUGUUAAACAAUUUUCGUAGGUAUCCUUUGUCCGUGUGCAGUGCCUGUAGUUUUAGAUUGUGUGGGAUAUAGUAAAUGCUGAUUCCAUGGAAAUUCCACGGAUGGACAGUUUGGAUAUUAAUCCAGAACCCACCACGGGUGUGGUGGUUGAAGAAGUCGAUGAUGGACAACCGUGUGUAGCUUGUGGUGAUAGAUGUCCUGGGUUUCUUACUCAUGAAUGGAGGUACACAUGUCAAAACUGUAAAUGUCCUCGUCAACUACAUGACGUCUAUAAUGAAAACUUUAUUAAUAUUUGUGAUAGACUUGGAUGGAAACGACAAGAUGAUAUUACUUUACAAGUUUCGAAAGAAGAUACAUUAAAAUCUGGUUAUACAUGGAUACCUGCUGGCCUUUCACAAGAAAAGAUAGACGAUUAUAUAGAUCAACUACCUAAUCAUAAAGUGCCUAAAAUAGGUACACAGGGCGAAAAAUAUCGAGAUAUGCAAGUUAUAAUUCAACUACCCAAACAAGAUCUCUCUGAAGAUUUCUGUAGAACAUUAGAAAAUGAUUGGGAAAAAAAGGAAUUUAGAAUAUUUCGAGAUUUGCGAGAUCAAGUAGCAAUGGGAAUAGGAUGUAUUAAAGAAACACCUUCUAUAACAACAUGUGCGAACUGUAAAGGAGAGAUCGAUGAAGGGGAACUUGCUGCAUUUGCCCCAAAGAUGGGUACCGAGACCUGUUGGCACCCAGCAUGUUUUGUUUGUGAUGUCUGUGAAGAACUUCUUGUAGAUUUAGUAUACUGUGUCCACAAUCAACAGAUUUAUUGCGAACGGCAUUAUGCCGAGAUGAUACGACCCAGGUGUCCAGGUUGUGAUGAGUUGAUAUUUUCUGGUGAGUACACCACCGCCAUGGAUCAAAACUACCAUAAGGACCAUUUGGCAUGUCAUAACUGUGAAAAGAAACUGAUUGCUUGUCGUUAUAUCUUAAAAGAUGACCAUCCUCACUGUAUACCCUGUUAUCAACAACUGUUUGCUAGUAACUGUGAAGAAUGUACGAAACCAAUUGGACCGGAUUUUAAGGAUUUAUCUUACAAGGAGAGACAUUGGCAUGAAUUUUGUUUCAAGUGUAGUGAAUGUCAGAAGUCAUUGGUAGAUCAACCCUUUGCUCCCAAGAAUGAGAAAAUUUACUGCUCAGAUUGCCAUGACAAUAUUUUUGCUGCUCGAUGUGACGGAUGUAAUGAUCCAUUCAGAGGAGGAAUGAAGAAGUUUGAAUAUAAGGGUAAACAAUGGCAUGAACAAUGUUUCACCUGUACUGUUUGUAACCAAGCUAUCAGUAAUAAAAGCUUUAUACCUAGAGAUGAAAAGGUUAUCUGUGUUCCCUGUUAUGAAGAAAAUUUCGCCCAAAGAUGUACUAAAUGCAGCAGUGUUAUUAAUAAAGGUGGAGUAACUUAUAAAAAUACACCAUUUCAUAAAGAUUGUUUUACUUGCACUAACUGUAGUAAACUAUUGUCUGGAGAGAAAUUUACCUCCAAAGAAGAGAAACCCUAUUGUGCUGACUGCUAUGGUGAACUCUUUGCUAAAAGAUGUUGCCAAUGUACCAAACCCAUUACUGGUAUUGGUGGUACUAAAUUCAUUUCGUUUGAAGAACGUCACUGGCAUAGUGAGUGUUUCAACUGCGCUAAAUGUAGCGGAUCAAUGGUCGGCCGUGGAUUUUUGAUGAACGGAGAAUCUAUCCUCUGUCCUGAGUGUGGUCGCAGUUAAAUGUACUUAUGUAUAAUGUAGCUUUAAUUUAUGUAUGAAAUGUGUACUUAUUUUAGUUAGAUUGUGUUAGCUAUUGUGAAAGAUUCGACUAGAAAGGGGAGAUAAUCCUGUAGUGAAAUAUUUUGAAAUGGACUUGUAAAGCAGACGGGCUACAUAUAUAUCUAGUUGAAAGAAAGAUGUUCAUUCUGCUAAAAAAAAAAAAAAAAAAUGAAUGAAAUAUGUAUAGAUAAUAUAUAAAAUUAAUGAAUAUUUACAAGGUUUUUGUAUACACACAGUUACAUGUGGACCGUAUAUUUCAAACAAAAACCUCUUAAUAUCAAAGCUUCAUAUUGUAUAAUUCAAUAUAGAUAUAAGCAUAAAAUGUUAAUAUAUUUAAAACAAAACUUUUAAUAUUAUGAACAGUCGUGAAUGCUUUUUUAUUUAUCUUUUAUUGUUUUUAAAUUUUAACAUAUUGAACAGGGCAAGACUUUUAGGCGGUCUAUAAUUUGUGUCUGUAAAAAGCCCUGGGCCAUCAUAAACCUGUGAUUAUAAACACUAAUAAUAAAUAUUUUAGCAUUUGAUUGGAUGAAAGAAUCAGAAUAGUGAUCUGAAAAGCGAUAACAGUCAAACAAGGCAUUAAAUAAUGUCAUUUUUGGGGUUUAAUUGAUAUUUGUAAUUUCUUUAAUAACCCACAUGUGCAUAAGCGCAUGAGAAAGUAUGAAUAUGCAUGAAGAUGAUCUUCUUAGCAGAGAUCACUCUGCAAACCUCGGCAGAUUCCGUUACUCUACAUCUAGCCUCGACUGUAUGACGGUAGGUGAUAUAUACCUAUGCCGAUACAAUUGCGAUGCGGCACCGGUUUACUUAUUAGGAAAACUUGCGGCUUUUAAAAAGAAGUUAUCAAAAGUGCAUCGUUCGAAGCGUGUUUAGAAUUUUCAGUGCAAAGUUGUCCUUGUUUGAAGAAAAUCGGAUAAACUUGAAAGAAAGACAGCUUCAGACUUUGAAAUAUUUGUAUGAUAAAACUUUCUUCAAAGGCGUUGUCAUGGGCAACGCUGUUGCCGUGUUGGUAAUCCGGGAACUGGAAAGUAAUUCCAAUGGGGGACUUUGUCAUACAGUCGAGGCUAGAUGUAGGGUACUGGUAUCUGCUGAGGUUUGCCAAGUGAGCAGAGAUAUGCAUCUAGAGCUAUGAUACACACGAAGAGAGUGUAAGGAAGAAAGCCAUAUAUCCCAGCAAGCAUGUGUCUUGUAAUUAUUUUGUUUAUUUGUAAUAAUAAAAGUGUACAAGGUGAGGAUGGGCUAACACAGAUUUGACCAAUCCAUUUUGUCACUUCCCCAUCUCACCCGGUCAAUAGAUACAUUGUAAGCUAUGUGAAACAAAAUAUUAUUGUAAUCUUUUACAUUUCUACUUAGCUAUUAAUAAAAACCAAUGAAGUGCUUCUACAGCAAUCUAUAUUUAUUAUUAUGUAAAUGUCAUUGUUCAGAGAAUAUAAAUUACCCUCCACUAAA